AACGCAACCACUAGAAACCAAGCGGCAAUCGGCCUUGUGGCCAUUGGCCUCGUGCCGUCCUCCAAGAAGAUAAUGGCGGUACACGUGGGUCUCAGAUACUUUCCUUCCUCUUCCCCUUCUCUGCUUCGUCGUCCUCCUCUCUCCUCCGCCAAACGCCGACCAUUUGCCGUUGCAGCAAUGGGAGAUGAUCCUAUAAAAGAAUGGAUUCUCUCCGAAGGAAAGGCAACACAGAUAACAAAAAUUAGCCCAGUUGGUGGUGGUUGCAUCAACCAGGCAAAUCGCUACGACACGGAUGCUGGGUCCUUUUUUGUAAAAAGGAAUAGGAGCAUUGGACCCUCAAUGUUUGAAGCAGAAGCUCUUGGUUUAAGUGCAAUGUACGAAACGCAAACUAUCCGUGUUCCUAAACCAUUCAAGUUCGGAUCAUUACCUUCUGGUGGCUCAUACAUCAUUAUGGAAUUCAUAGAAUUUGGCUCCUCAAGAGGCAACCAGUUUGAACUGGGAAGAAAGCUUGCUGAAAUGCACAAAGCUGGAAAAUCUGACAAGGGAUUUGGGUUUGAUGUCAACAACACCAUUGGCAGUACUCCACAAAUGAACACUUGGUCAUCAGAUUGGGUACACUUUUAUGCGGAGGAAAGAUUGGGAUUUCAGCUGAGGCUAGCACUUGACCAGUAUGGCGAUAGAACCAUUUAUGAGAAAGGACAAAGGCUGGCAAAAAGUAUUGGACCCCUGUUUGAUAAUGUCACGAUCGAACCGUGUUUGCUACACGGGGACUUAUGGAGUGGAAAUAUCAGCUCUGAUAAGAAUGGAGAGCCUGUUAUACUUGACCCAGCAUGUUAUUAUGGACACAAUGAAGCAGAAUUUGGAAUGUCAUGGUGUGCUGGCUUUGGAGGUUCCUUUUAUGAUGCUUAUUUUCAGGUUAUGCCCAAGCAACCUGGUUUUGAGAAGAGGAGAGAUCUUUAUCUGUUGUAUCAUUAUCUGAAUCAUUACAAUCUCUUCGGUUCCGGGUACCGUUCAUCUGCCAUGUCUAUAAUCGACGACUAUCUGCAGAUACUUCAAACUUAGAAACGAUUUUUCAAGUGAGAUUUGUUUGAAGGUUCCUGGUUCGAAGUCGAUUUUGCCGAUGCCUGUUGUACCUAGAGUUCUACAGUAUGUAUAUCCAUUUCUCCCUCCUAUUCAUGCUUCUAAGCGACAUUACUGAUUCCUUUAUA